CUCAAGAGACGAAGAAACAAAACGAAGACGACGAGCUCCAUCACUCCGCUGUACAAUGGGGAUAUCCGAUCAAGAUUCGCCGCGUCAAUCAGAUUCCUCCGUCCAGGCGGCGGCUGUGGAGGCGAAGAUGGAAUCUUCUAACGAAAGUGCGAUCAAACAGUCCCAUCCUGUACUCGAUUCGCAAGAUCGGAGAGAAGAAGAAGACUUUCCUUCUCAUCCUCAGACGCCGCCGUCAAGUUCCGAGAAGCAGCCAUCAGCUACGCAAGACGCCAGUCACGCCACGCCGCCACAGACACUUCCGGUUCAUCGCAAUCAAGAAGCUGAGUCCAAUGAUGAUGUUACUCCGAGUGAGCAGAGGCGUUGCAAGUGUAAAGCUUCAAGAUGCUUGAGGCUGUAUUGUGAAUGCUUUGCGUCUGGAUCGUAUUGCAAUGGAUGCAACUGCUUGAAGUGUCACAACACUUUGGAGAAUGAGGCUGAAAGACAGGAAGCUAUCAAGGCUACCUUGGAGCGUAAUCCGGGUGCUUUCGAGCCCAAGAUUGGUGCUACUCCUCAGGAGGAUGUGAGGCAACUCGUGACUCUGGGAAAGCACAGCAGAGGGUGCAACUGCAAGAGAUCAGGAUGCCUUAAGAAGUACUGCGAGUGUUACCAGGCCAAUGUCCGGUGCUCAGAGAACUGUAGAUGUCGAGAUUGCAAGAACUUUGAAGGAAGCGAUGAGCUCGACAUGUCUGGUUAUCUGGACCUUCUUCAAGCAAGAAAGAUCAAGGCAGCUUCACAUUCAGUAGCAGAUAGAGGUUCAUCUGCGGUUCCACCCCUUGUCCAAGACCAGACGGUGAAUUACGUUGUAAGGGAUGGUGACACUUCUUUAUUCACAGUCCCUAACAACAGAGUGGUACCAGGAUCUACCGCACCUACUUACAGGUCCUCACAGUCAGAUACUAACCAGCUGCGCCAUGCCAAAGAGCUAUGCUCACUUUUGGUCUCAAAAUCGGUGGAGGUAGCAAAUAAAAUGUCAGAUUGUGUCCUUGACGCUGGUAGAAUGGACGAGAAACCUAUGUCUCCAGCAACACGCGCAUUGAUGUGUGAUGAAGAACCUGUGACCAUAUCAGAGAAAGAGACAUCAGCGAGAGUGAGAACAAGCCAAGAGAAAGAAGACACAGGCACAAGCUCGGAGGUUUACGCAGAACAAGAAAAGCAGAUCUUGUUAAGCUUCAAGGACCAUCUUAUGCAGCUCUUAAACCGUGGGAGCAUAAAUGGAACAAACAUCCAAAAGGCCAACACAGAUCCGAGUAGAAAGGAACCAGAGGAUGAAGAGCAAAGCCAUGGAGACUCAAGUUUGGGUUCGUAGGGGACUUCUGUGACAAAAAUUUAGCAUCUAACUCUUUUGUUGUACCAUAUGAUCAUGUGACAUUGUUCUAAAAGUUGUAUAGGAAGAUCAGACUAGUUCUUUCUGGUCAAAUAUAAACUCUUCUUUUAGCUACUGAUUAGUAAGAAAUUCAAUUCAUUUGA